CAAGCUUUUACGAGACUCCCAUCUUUCAGUCGGGCUGCCUUCCUUUCAGUCGAUUGUCGUACAAUCCUCGAUGUUUACCAUAUGCCGGCUUGACACAGGCACGCAAACAUACAUACAUCCACGGACAUCUACCUAUCUUCCUCUCUGGAUCAUACAUCCCGCUCCUCCUGUAUGGGGCCGGCGGAUAGCUCUCCGUGACAAACGCUUGGCGCCCUUCAACCCGAUUUCACGAUGUUUCAAGUCAGUGUUUCGCAUUGGAGGUGCCCCUGGCGCAAUAAACGAUGGAACCGGACUCCCAUCAUGACACCCAAACCUCGAAACGACCGGCGGCCACCUAAUUCACACGUGGAAUCAUGCUACGUUGAUUCGGACAUUACCACGGCCGGUAGAUUGUCCAUGAGGACACGUGAAAAUGGGCAGCGCUGGGGAUGCCGAAAGCAUAUAUGACCUGCUCUCUCCAUGCUUUCUGAAAUCACGUCCUUUGGAGAUGCUCCGAGUCUUCUGUCAUCUUUCCCAGGUUGUCCUUCACUCUCUGUCAUUGCCUCGACAUCUCUAGCCUACGCAGUAGAGACGGCAUAGGCAGGCACUCUAGAUCACCUCCCUGACAGGCCAUCCUGGGAAAGGUGCGGAACAGCCCGCAGCGAUCAAUAAACCUGGAGAAUGCUGCAUGUUUACUUCCCAAACAGGCUAGUUAGUCUCUUUGCUGAACAUGCCAUUAGUCACUUCACUAUGGCGCUUUUGGUCCGAUCCCGGCCCUGGUGAGCCAUGCUAACGUAUGAUUCGUCCAACAUUUUGGAAGCUAUCCGCGGUACUUUGUCUUUUCCUCCGUCGGCAUUUCUCCACUCCUCGAGACUUUUUCCUUUUUCUCUUCUACAAAGUCACUUGAAACAGAAAAAAAAGAUGGCGGCCAGGACUCUGAAGAUUGGUCUCAUCCCCGGUGAUGGCAUCGGCAAGGAAGUCAUUCCCGCCGGCCGGCGCAUCCUCGAGGCUCUCCCGGCCUCUCUGGGCUUGAAGUUCGAGUUCAUCGACCUCAAGGCCGGCUGGGAAACCUUUGAGCAGACCGGCAACGCCCUGCCCGAAGAGACAGUCUCGAUCCUCAAGUCCGAGUGCGAUGGCGCCCUUUUCGGAGCCGUCAGCUCGCCCACCAAGGCCGUCAAGGGCUACUCCUCUCCCAUCGUCGCCCUGCGCAAGAAGCUCGACCUGUACGCCAACGUGCGUCCCGUCAAGUCGGUCCGGGGCCCCGGCGUCAAGCCCAUCGACAUGGUGAUUGUGCGCGAGAACACGGAGGACCUGUACGUCAAGGAGGAGAAGACGUACGACACGCCCGAGGGCAAGGUGGCCGAGGCCAUCAAGCGCAUCUCGCAGCGCGCCUCGUCGCGCAUCGCCACCAUCGCCGGUGAGAUCGCCCUGCGCCGCCAAAAGAUCCGCGAGGGCGGUUCCCCUUCCAUCCACAAGGGCCCUCUCGUGACCGUUACCCACAAGUCCAACGUCUUGUCCCAGACCGACGGCCUCUUCCGCUCCACCGCCCGUGAGGCCCUCGCCGCCGGCCGCUUCACUUCUGUCGCCGUUGAGGAGCAGAUUGUCGACUCGAUGGUGUACAAGCUCUUCCGCCAGCCCGAGGCCUACGACGUCAUUGUCGCGCCCAACCUGUACGGUGACAUUCUCUCUGACGGCGCUGCCGCCCUCGUCGGCUCGCUCGGUCUCGUUCCCUCGGCCAACGUCGGCGAGGGUUUUGCCAUCGGUGAGCCCUGCCACGGCUCCGCGCCCGACAUUCAGGGCCAGAACAUUGCCAACCCCAUCGCUACGCUCCGCUCUGCUGCGCUCAUGCUCGAGUUCCUCAACGAGGAGGAGGCCGCGGCCAAGAUUUACGCUGCUGUUGAUGCUAACCUUGAGGAGGGCAAGCUGCUUAGCCCCGAUCUUGGCGGUAAGGCUAAGACCGAGGAGGUUGUGCAGGAUAUCCUCCGUCGUCUCUAAAUGGGGAGCGCGAUUAGAUGGCAAGGGUUAUGAGUCAUGAUAUUCAAAAAUGACUAGGUAUCCGGCUCGAGAACCAAAAAAAAAAAAUGGCUAUUGAAUGAUGUACUAUAUGACAUUUACAUGAGAGCGGUAUCCUCCCGCUGGACACCCUGUACAUAAUAGAUUGAGGAAGUCGUAAAUGAUGGUUUUGAACACUAACGAUAUUAGUUGCAAUUGCCG